GAGUCUGAACCCGAAAUGAAGGUUCUCUUCAUCUUCACCCUCUUCCUGAUUUCAGCAGGUGGAGGAGAAUCAAAGAGAGUGAUGGGAUAUUUAGGAGGAGGAGUCCUCAUCAAGUGUAGAUAUGAGACACAAUACACAUCAAACCCAAAAUACCUCUGUGAGGGUCCAUGGCCCUGCAUGACAAAGCCAAUUUGGACAGACGCUAAAAAUGAGUGGAUAAACAGUGGAAGAUUCUCACUGUUUGACGACACCAGAGCUUCACAGUUCUGGGUGAUGAUCAGGGAGCUCACUGUAGAGGAUUCUGGAACGUACAAGUGUGGAGUUUGGAAAUCUGGCAUUGAUGUCUACACACCAGUGGAACUGAAGGUAGAGGAAGAUCUGUCCUACGAGAACAGCAUCAGUGUGGUUGGCCGUGUAGGAGGAAACGUGAACAUCAGCUGCAAAUACCCACAAUCCCACAGCAAUGACCCCAAGUUUCUCUGUAAGAGAGUGGGCACUGCUGACUGUAAUUAUAAAACAUCAGUUAAAUUUAAUAAAUCAUGGAUAGACAAUGGAAAAAAUUCUCUGUUUGAUGAUGGAAAGCAGAUCUUCACUGUGAUCAUCAACAGUCUGACUGAGGGAGACUCUGGUGAAUACUGGUGUGGAGCUGAAUCAGACUGGACAUCUGACCAUGGAUACAAGGUCUAUAUCACCCAGAUCAACCUCAGAGUUACUGUGCAAGAACUUCCAGCAACAUUAUCUUCUUUAUCACCAUCAAGCACAACUCCACAGAGCACAGAAUCUAACCUUUCUUCAAGAGCUAACACCACUGGAAAAUCCUCACUGAGGACAAACACAUCAACAGCAAUUCCAGCUUCUUCUGUGAUCACUGUUUGUGUGAUUCUGGUGCUGCUUCUGAUUGGACUCUUCAUUUUCAUUUUACGAAAAAGACUCAGGCCUCAAGACCCAGCAAGAGCCUCAACCCAACCCCUCAGAAGCUCCUCGAGCAAUUACAUGGUUUCCCUUAAAGACACCAGACGCCUUCCUGGGUCUGACACUGGCGUGUCCACAGUCUACUCUACUGCUCACCUACCUACAAACCCACCAGAGCCUUCUCAGACUGUGUAUGAUAAUGUCCAGUUAUUUACAAACCCCUCAGAACCUUCUCAGACUAUUUAUGAUAAUGUCCAGCACCUCGGAAACAGCAUGCAUGGAGGUGGACAGCUCCUCAUCCAGCAGAUCCGGAAUCAUAGGCUUGAGGAGGGAGACGGUGAGGAAGGUGAGAAGAUACUGAGCAGACCCAGCAAGAGCCUCAACCCAACCCCUCAGAAGCUCCUCGAGCAAUUACAUGAUAAAGCAUGA